AGCUCGUCCGUUCGUCUCCCCAUGCGCCAUCAUUCCGCCGCCUGACGCGGCGCCCUCGAGUGGCCACGUCGCCCGUUCCCUUCCUUCCUUGCCUAUAUAAAGCGCUCCACCCCAUUCAUUUCUUCACUUCUUCUCGCGCAUCUCCUGAGUUUCACCGGUCAAGCUCCUCUCUCUUGUCUUCCCAGCCCUCCGAGCCAAGUAAGCUCCUUUCUCUUCUUUAUUAACUCUUAGUUUUCGUUCCCGGUCAAUGUCUUCUUCUGAUAGUCAGGGUAUUUCUUCCUCGGAUGCCUACGCAUCCGAGGAAUCCUCAACCUCCUCGGAUGCCUACGCAUCCGAGGAAUCCUCAACCUCCUCUUCUUCGACCGGGUCUUCUCUAUCUGGUUUCGAAACCCGGUCGGGCCCCAACAUCACCGUCCUUGAACCGCAGCCUGUUAACCAAAUGCCCGGUCAGGUUUUUCAGGAGAGGGAUGAACCGGUUGACAAUGAGCCGGCUCCCUAUGACCCUGAUAACGAGUCAUAUGAGGGAUGGGCGAACCGGCUGGAAGCGGCCGGUUACUCUCCCCUCCCCACUAGCUACCCCUCAGACAUUUUCCCCCAUGUUUCCAAAAUUGCCCAAAACAAGGUUCGUAGGAAUCUCCCGGAGGGGUAUGUCCUUGAAUUCGACCCCAGCUGGCCGAACAUUAUCGAGCCUCACCGAGAUGAUAGAAUAGGCUUCCACAUCACUUCUUUGGAGAGUGGAACCGUCUUCCCCCUCCGUCCCCUCCUUGUCGAGUUGUGCCAUUGUUUUAAAAUCCUUCACGGGCAAAUUACGCCCAAUGCCCACCGUUUCCUCAACGCCUUUGUAAAUAUCUGCGUUGAACUUAAGAUCGACCCUUCCCUUCGCCUGUUUCUCGUCUUGUUUGAAGUCCUUCCCGAGAUGAAUUUCAAAGCGUUCAACAUUCCGACGAAGAAGACCGGUGGCUCCUCCUCUGCUGCCCCCAAAACUGUACCGGUCCAACAGGAACCGGUAGAGAUCCAUUCUGAGGAGGAAACUCCUCCGACCGGGAGGACCGGUCAGGCUGGGAAGACCACGGUAAACCCUCCCCUAGACAAGGGGAAGGGGAAGGUUCGAACCAAGCACGCCGCCACCACCCAUCCCUCGGCGAAGAGGAAGAGGGGAGAAAACGUCCCGGCUACAGAGUCGUUAGAGGAGCUCUGGGUCAAGAUGGGGCGAAAGCUGAAAGAGAUGGGCGAGGUUGGGCCUGAGACCUUGGAGAGGCUUGCUGGGGACUCCCCUUCCCGGGCGAACGCGGAGGUCCUCCAGCUGAAAGAGGAGAACACGCUGUUGAUGGGGGAGGUCUCCCACCUAAAGGAGGAGGCAUGGGUGAAGGAGCAAGAGCUGCCCAGUCGGGCCAGACAGUGGAUGGAGGAGAACCUGGUAGAGGCCGCCCGGGUGCUUACUUCCUCUGGGGAGAGGACAAUGGAGGGCUUCAAGCUUCUGUACCGGGAGGACCAUGGGAAGGAGAUGAUCACCCAAAUCGGCUCCUAUGGUUUCAUGUCGGGCCAAAAAAGAGACCAGGAGGCCACCCAUGCGAUCCUUGCUGACCGGGACCCGGACUUCGACGCUGAUUCAUACGGCCUGGCCCCCAUCCGGACGAAGAACCUGCACCUCCUUUUCCUCUCGAGUAAUCUUCCCGGCUGCGACCGGUUGAAUCGUUCUGUAAAACUUCAAACUCAUUUCCCCGGGAAUGCCCGGUGUAGCUGUAAAACACUUAACUUUCUUUUUUUUAUUGAAUGCAAUGUCUGAUUUCCAUACUGGUUGAUCUUGCUCCUUGAUCGAUAUUUUCAUUUUGCUCCUCAUAAUGUCUUCGUAAAAACUCUGACCGGUUAUACUUUCGUGUAAUCGAAAUAGACCGGUUGAACUCCAACUUUUACUUUUGAAUGUCUUCAUCUUUGAUGGUCAACUUGAAAAAGUUCGACCGGCUGAACUUUACUUUGG